AUGUGUGGUAUGGACGUAGAUCUGGACGAUGGGGGUUCAGGUGAGGAGGACAAAGAGGAGCAUCUCUGGAUCGGGGAAGGAGUAAAGAUGCUGCCCCCUCCUGUGGCCCACAGUGGGGGCAGUGCGUGGGGCAGUCGCAGGGGCAGGUGUGGCUGCGUGGCCUGUGGGGCAGGUCUCGUCCUCUGGAACCUGUGUGUCGUCUUAGCCAGCACUCUGCUCCUGGCUUUGGUCUUCUCCGUGGUGCUGCUGCCUGCGAUGCUGCUGCUCUACGCUGGUUUCCUCUGUCAUUCCAGGGUCCUUGACGCCCCUUCUGCUAUCUGCCAUUAUCUAGACGACAACAGCUGCUCCGCCCUCAUCAUCCUUGGCUUUGUGAUGAUGUCGCCACUCGUGGUUGUGGCGGCCGCAGUCUUCUGUGGGUUGCUCCGAAGGUUUCGACUCCUGCUUCUCAUUCAGCCUAUCUCACGUGCCUGGUACCGAGGGCGGCUGCUGGACUGGGUGAGCAGUGUCCAUGCCUGGGUCUGA